UCUUAGUUUACCCUAAAAUGCUCAAUGCCAAUUAAUCAAAACGUGAUAUAUGGAUAGUUUUUGAAGUAAACAAAAACAAAAUGAUAGGUUAACUAUCAAGAUGGAUACCAAACUGAAAAAAAUGAUAUAAUUGAAGGGUUAGAUUGUGAAUAAACCAAGAAAAGAAACCCGGAAACGGAAGUUUGUUUCCCGAGCAAGUCAUCAUCGGCCCCAAAAAACAAUAACCCAAAAUCUGGAAUAGCCGGAAAUCUACCGACGAUUAAAGAACCCUCUCCCGAUCUAAUUACACUGCAUUUAAAUCGGAUAGAGAGAAAGAGAAAACAACAUGAAGAGAAAAGAUACAGUCAAACUCAUCAGCGCUGACGAGAGAUUUAUUAUUGACAAGGACGCUGCCAUGGUUUCUCAGACCAUCGGUAACAUGCUUACAUCACCAGGAGGUUUUGCGGAGAUGGAGCUUGGAGAAGUGACUUUUCCGGAGAUAAGCGCUGUGAUUCUUGAGAAGAUCUGUCAGUAUUUUUAUUGGGCUCUUCAAUAUUCAAGGGGUAAAGAGACUGAGUUUCACAUUGAACCCGAACUGACUCUGGAGCUGAUGAUGGCUCCUAAUUAUCUCCAUACAUAGCUGAUUGCUUUUGUAGCAAUGAACCAAUAAUGUUGUUAUUUUUCUUACAAGUGUCAUUGACAGUUAUUAAAGCUGCAUGGUGAGGCUGGAAUGACUUUGCGUGAAGGACAAGUAGGGGAAUAUUCUUGUUUUUGAAUCUUUUGCAGUGACUAUUGUUCAAGGACAUCAGCAGCAUCCCGGAUAACAUCUGAAGAUGUUAUUUUCUUGUAUUAUUGGCUAUGAACUGCAAGAAACGUUCUGGUGUUUGAAAUUUAGAAACAGGCAGAUACUUGAAUUGAAAGGGCCGAAGCCAAGGGCACUAAGUCUUGCUGUAAGAAAUAUAAUUUUCUUGUAUCAAUGAUUCAAAGGCCAUCACCAAAUA